ACUGUGCGUUUGCUUCAGUAUGUUGAGCUGUAUGAGGAACAAUGGAAGCCAACGCAACUGGUGGCUAUUCCCUCUAUACACAAUCCUUUAGUAUUUCUGAUGUUAUAGUAAUCGUGGUUUAUUUUGUGCUGAAUGUUUUUGUAGGAAUAUGGUCCUCUUGCAGAGUCAGCAGGAACACUCUAAGUGGCUACUUUCUGGCAGGCAGAGAUAUGGCAUGGUGGCCUAUUGGGGCUUCCCUCUUUGCCAGCAGUGAGGGCUCGGGUCUCUUUAUUGGACUGGCUGGUACCGGGGCAGCAGGAGGAAUCGCUGUGGCUGGAUUUGAGUGGAAUGCCACCUAUGUCCUGCUCGCUUUGGCUUGGGUAUUUGUACCUGUGUAUAUAUCGUCAGGGAUCGUGACCAUGCCUGAGUACUUUCAGCGUCGAUUUGGAGGGCAAAGGAUCCGGAUUUAUUUAUCUGCCUUGUCGCUGCUGCUGUCUGUAUUUACGAAGAUAUCUACAGACCUGUACUCGGGAGCCUUGUUUGUGCAGGUUUGCCUUGGAUGGAAUCUCUAUCUCUCUACAGUGCUGAUGCUGGUUGUGACAGCCCUCUACACCAUAGCAGGUGGCCUGGCUGCAGUAAUAUACACUGAUACCCUGCAGACAGUCGUCAUGAUUAUUGGAGCCGUGGUGCUGACCAUUGCAGCGUUUAAUAAGAUCGGAGGAUACCACAACCUGGAAAGGGCAUAUCGAGAUGCAAUUCCGACAAAGAUUAUUCCCAAUACAACAUGCCACCUCCCCAGAGCUGAUGCAAUGCAUCUCUUCAGAGAUCCAGUGACAGGAGAUCUUCCGUGGACUGGCAUGACUCUUGGAUUAGCCAUUUUGGCAACCUGGUACUGGUGCACAGAUCAGGUCAUUGUGCAGCGGGCACUGUCUGCAAAGAAUCUGAGUCAUGCAAAGGGAGGCUCCAUCCUAGCGAGCUACCUCAAAAUGCUGCCGAUGAUUUUCAUUGUAAUGCCUGGGAUGAUAAGCCGUGCUCUGUAUCCAGAUGCAGUUGCAUGUGUUGACCCGGAAGAAUGUAUAAAAGUGUGUGGAACUGAAGUGGGCUGUUCCAACAUCGCUUUCCCGAAGCUGGUAAUUGAACUAAUGCCCGACGGUCUCCGGGGCUUAAUGAUUGCAGUGAUGAUGGCUGCUCUCAUGUCAUCCCUGACGUCAAUAUUCAACAGCAGCAGCACCCUGUUUACUAUGGACAUUUGGAAAAAAAUCAGGAGCAAUGCAAAUGAACGAGAAUUACUGCUCGUUGGAAGGAUUGUGACGGUGAUAUUGGUUGCUGUGAGCGUGGUAUGGAUCCCGAUCUUGCAGAACGCCAACAGCGGUCAGCUUUACGUUUACAUUCAGUCGGUGACCAGCUACUUAGCCCCUCCUGUGACUGCUGUCUUUAUUCUCGCUGUGUUUUGGAAAAGAACAAAUGAGACUGGCGCCUUCUGGGGACUGAUGGUGGGUCUGGUUGUUGGCUUAACACGAAUGAUCUUGGAGUUUGUGUAUCCUUCACCACGAUGUGGUGUGCCUGACCCAAGGCCCACAAUCCUGAAGCGAGUUCACUAUUUGCAUUUUGCAAUCAUACUGUGCAUCCUGACAGCUCUCAUCAUCAUGACAAUCAGUCUGCUAACCAAACCUCAGAACGAGAAUCAGAUGAAAAACGUUACCUGGUGGACAUUGUCGCAAGAGAGAAUGCAGCCUGAAAUAUCACUGUCGCCCAAGAGACGUUCGUGGGAAAACAGAAAUGAGGGUCCAGAGCAGCCGGUACAACAGAAAUGGUCCUGGACUAACCUGUUCUGCAGUACCAAGCCGAACCGUGAAAACCGAGGCAAUCAACGCGCCCUUCCUGACAUUUACGAGAACCCGUUCUGGGCCCGAGUAUGUUGCAUCAACGCAAUAAUCCUCAUGUGUAUUAAUGUUUUCUUUUACGCCUAUUUUGCCUGAGAAGCCAGGAAAUACCAAAACAAACCUCUAAUUGUAGGUUGUCUCAUCUCUUUUUAUAUCAUUGGUGUACUGUCUAGUGGACAACUGGAGAACAAUUUUUAUCCGUUAGUUUUAUAAUGAUUGUAGCGCGUCACAGACUUGCUGUGUUCCUCUGACCUGAAGGACAUCUCCAGGACUGUCUGUUUGGCUCUCUGAUCUCUUUGUGAGCUUUAUUAUAUGCCGCUUGUUUUGUCUACACAUAUCUUCGAUUCCUUUUGGUUUGCUGAGUCGUUCAUUCCUGCACAUUAUUAAGGCCCUAUACUUCAACAAUAUAUAUCAGAUUACUAUGUC